GGGAGAGAGGGAGAGAGAGAGAGAGAGAGGGAGAGGGAGUGUGUACAAGGGGCUCUGGACGGCAGACGACCACAGAGAGAUCCCCUGACACAGGAUUAUCUGGGCCCCGUCAGAAGCCGACUGGGCUGUUGUUAUUUUGGAACCAUCUCGUCCACAGUGGGAUGAACUCGAGUAGCUAGGUGUUAACACCGCCAGGUCCACCUCCUCCUCUUCCUCCUCUUCCUCUUCUUCCUCCUCCUCCUCCACCUCCUUCUCUUGUUCUGGAGAGCGGAGUUCACUCUAAUUCGAUCCUCCUGGUUUUGUAGGAGGCAGCGUUCCGGCGUUCAUCCCUCUGCAGGAAAAGCUUGGCGCCGACGGCCACGCCCGCCCUGGCCUCCACGGCGGCUGACCUGUCGGGCUCAAACAACACGGAGAUCAGCAAGAACGACAUGUUCGAGGAGAUCAAGAGCAAGUUCCUCAACGAGAUCGACAAGAUCCCGCUUCCUCCAUGGGCGCUGAUCGCCAUCGCGGUGGUGGCCGGCCUGCUCAUCCUCACCUGCUGCUUCUGCAUCAUCAAGAAGUGCUGCUGCAAGAAGAAGAAGAACAAGAAGGGCAAGAAGGGCAAGGACGGCUUCAACAUGAAGAACAUGCAGGGUGGUGAGAAACACCAGGACGACGACGAUGACGAGGGAGAGACCGGGCUGACGGAGGAAGAGAAGGAGGAGGAGGAGAAGGAAGAGGAGAAGCUCGGGAAGCUGCAGUACUCCAUCGAGUACGACUUUGAAAACACAAAGCUGACGGUGGGCAUCCUCCAGGCGGCCGACCUGAUCUCCAUGGACUCCGGGGGCACGUCGGACCCCUACGUCAAGGUGUCGCUGCUUCCCGACAAGAAGAAGAAGUACGACACCAAGGUCCACAAGAAGACCCUGAACCCCGUCUUCAACGAGACCUUCGUCUUCAAGGUGCCCUACGAGGAGCUGGGAGGGAAGACAGUGUGCAUGUCUGUGUUCGACUACGACCGCUUCUCCAAGCACGACAUCAUCGGAGAGGUGAAGAUCCCCAUGAACACCAUCGACCUGGGCCAGCCCAUCGAGGAGUGGAAGGACCUGGAGAGCGUGGAGAAGGAGGAGCCAGAGAAGCUUGGAGAUAUCUGCAUCUCUCUGCGGUACGUGCCGACUGCCGGUAAACUCACCGUCUGCAUUCUGGAGGCCAAGAACCUGAAGAAGAUGGACGCCUGUGGACUGUCUGAUCCCUACGUGAAGAUCCAGCUGCUGCAGGGCGGCAAGCGUCUGAAGAAGAAGAAGACGACGGUGAAGAAGAACACGCUGAACCCGUACUACAACGAGUCCUUCAGCUUCGAGAUCCCCCUGGAGCAGAUGCAGAAAAUCCUGGUGGCGGUGACGGUGUUCGACUACGACAAGAUCGGCAAGAACGACGCCAUCGGCAAGAUCUUCGUGGGCAGCAAGGCCACGGGGCUGGGGCUGAAGCACUGGUCUGACAUGCUGGCCAACCCCCGCCGCCCCAUCGCCCAGUGGCACCCUCUGCAGCAGGAGGAGGACAUCGACGGCCAGCUGGCCUCCCUGGCCGCCAAGAAGUAACUAACUUCACCCCCACCCCCCUCAGCCCCUCAUGUACUAACUGAUGAAAGCCCCCCAACCCCCCGACACCCAAACACCAGACUAAAACCUUGCAUUGCAUGCACCUCAUGAUCUACAUGCGGCUAGCCGCCCCGGCUGCCCCAAGCUUGAUCCGCAGAAACAAAAAGGGAGAGAGACAGUAGAGAGUAUCGGUAGAGAUUAUCGGCAGAGAUUAUCGGUAGAGAUUAUCGGCAGAGAUUAUCGGCAGAGAUUAUCGGCAGAGAUUAUCGGUAGAGAUUAUCGGUAGAGAUUAUCGGUAGAGAGUAUCGGUAGAGAGCAUCGGUAUCAAUUAGGGUUAGGUGAACAAACCUGGAACUCAUUUGUUAUUUUUUUCAGUUUUGUUUGUCGUUUCGUACCCAGCACCACAUUUGCUUAUACUAUAACAAAAAAUAACGAGUGGCAAUGAAUGUUUGGGUGAUUGGUUUGUGAGCAAUUGUCUUUGAAUGUUGGUUGCGUUUGAGGGUUAUUUGACCAGGCUUAUUUUUUAAAGUGCUGGCACUCAGUGAAAAGGUUAGUGGAGAAGCGAUCAAGCUGAUAAAGUGUGGUUUAGUUAGAUGCAUUAUGCAUGCGUUGCUUAUAGUCCCUCCUCGAUCCUCUCCAUAAAACCAUGCGCAGUAUUGUAUCCCUGCUAAUAUGUGUGCUUUAACUUUGAAUAAAAAGUACUCUCGUACAGGGCUUAUCUCGCAUAGAAAUCUAUUUAGGUUGUCAAAUGCAAACGCAAGUUUGGAUGGUGGCAACUGCAAAAAACAACUGCAAAAAAUACUGAAAUGUCUAUUUGUUUUUAGUUUUUUAUUAACUGUUGAGAAGAUUGCCUUGGUUUUGUCGUUUGUGUCGUGGUCACGCCAGAGACGGAGCACGUGUGUGUCUCGCUCUUACUUUAUUAGGAUUCAAUCACCAAAUGUGAUCCUGUGAUACACAGCUCACACCAUGGCCACCUGCAUGGAGAUUCUGUGCCUGUGUGUGUGUGUGUUUGCCUGUGUGUGUGUGUGUGUUGGUGUGUGUUGUCAGAGACACACACACUCUGAAGGGAGGAGUAAAGGGUGCCUUGCCCGGGUUGGACAUUUUGACACUGUUUGCUACGUGGCGGUCGACUCGAGGACUUGAGGCUUUUCUACUCGGUAAGUUAUCAGGAACGCUGUGAAUGUGUGUGGAGUUUCCUUUGACCACUUUGGAUGUAACACCUUACUUAUCCAUGGACAAAGCAAAGGGAAAGUAAGAAGGGUGUGCCAAUGUUUCUCAAACAACUAUGCCUCUGUUGAAUGUUUACGGUCGAAAGUAAUGCUGUUCAAAUGCUUCUUUUUUUUUUUGGGGCCUGUCGACCACUUAUAUUUGAUCGUAUGUGUAUGUUAUUCAUAUCAGUAUUUUCAAAAUGAAUCGAUGAUGUAUUGAUUUUACCUAGAGGAGGUCGGGUUGCACCAUUGCCCAGAGCUCCGCAAUCACGCCUGCGACCGUACCAUGUGUUUGCUUAUGUGCGUUGAGUUCCCCCAGCCACCGUGUGAAACCUUUUGUACAGUAAAUGUAGGACCAUUUGCCCGAGACAAAUGGACAAAGCUAAACCCAGCAUGUAUCAUGCAUCACGAAUACUCUUUUCUUUCCCUCUUUAGUCCCAUACUGCGUGUAUACCUAUCUAAAAAACCAAAGUACUGCAGCGACACAGUGGUAUUUUUGCUACCAUUGCUUGUAUGUCCCUGCUUUCUUCAUCGCUGGGCGGAGAAGUCUCCUUGUACCCGGGAGGCGGGUUUAGAGGGAAAGGAUCUCCCCUUGUUUCCUGGGAGGAGGGUUUAUAGGACAGGAUGUCCCCUUGUUCCUGGGAGGAGGGUUUAUAAGACGGGAUGUCCCCUCUAUCCAAGGAGGAGGGUUCGAAGGAAAGGAUCUCCCCUCAUUUCCUUGGAAGAGGGUUUAUAGGACCGGAUGUCCCCUUGUUUCCGGGAGGAGGGUUUAGAGGACGGGAUGUCCCCUCUAUCGAAGGAGGAGAGUUUAGAGGAAAGGGUUUCCCAGACGACCGCAGAGCCGUCGCCUGACUUCCACGCUGUCUUCCCCGCUGUCGACAUAAUGCAUUGCGCAGACUUGGUUGAGAUCAACGCAUGCGUCCGCCACAAGUGUUGUACAUAGCAACGGCAUGUUUUAAAUAGUAAGCAUUCGAUUAAAAAUUGUGUAUGAGUGUGUGUGUGUUUACCUUCCAUGUCAUUUUGAUAAUAAAACUCAAGGAGAAAAAAAGAAUGCACAGACUGCAAAGUGUAUGUAUUUUUGCAUAUUGAUAAGUGUGUAGGAAUGAAUGCAACGUGGAUGUCUGAAUAAGCCGGAUGCACUGACUUGUGAAAUGCCCUCGGUCCAUCUUGAAUCUUUACUUUCACUUUCACUUUGCCGUGAUGAUAUGAAUGCAUGUCCUCUGUUGACAUUGUGUGUGUACGCGUUCCUUCCCCAGGUGGGUCAGGGUCUUGGGGGGAUCUGACUGGGCUACAAGUCAUGCUAUUGCUGGUUAAAUCUGUUUGUGGUCGUCGCUGACGAUGACAUCGAUUACGAAAACAAAAAAAACAAAAAUGUAGAAUAUUAACCGUAGUUUUCUAUAAAAAUGUACCGUAAGUGUUACCUUUGUAUACUCCUGCCAAACGGGUGUCUAUUGAGUCUGAUGUGUUUGUGUAUUCCUGUGUAGAUGUGGUGGAUCUCACUAGCAUGGACUUGUAGCCUCUCUCCUCAUUACAGUGAUCGGUCAUUGCUCCUUUUGGUUUCCUAGGCCGUCUGUAGUUCUGGUUAUGGCUUUUGGAACACACUGGAAAGAGGUGUACACAUGCAUACAAACACAUACACACACACAAGCACGCACCUGCACACACACGCAAAUGCAUACAAGCGCACACAGACAGACGCACACGUGCACAUACAUACAUACGGGAACACAUACAUGCACACGCACACACAUACACGUACACACACACGUGCACAUACACAUGCUCAUGAACACACAUACACACACACAAACACACACACCAUCUAAAGUUAAUGUAAAUGACAUUCAGAGCCUGUCUGAACAAGGUGGAGUCUAAUGAAGAGUUAUCAAACCUUUCCUCAAAUCGUAUAAAGUGUUUAUUUUAAUCACCAGGAGGAAUAUUUUAAAUAAUCCAAUGCAAUAUGUAUCAUAUACAAUAUGCUGCCGCCCGAGCAUGCUUCUCCAUAAUAACAAUCUUUGUGAAUUUUCAAUUUAUUUUAUCCAUGAUCAAUACACUGAAAAGACUGAAUAGCAAAAAACUGAAUAUACACAUUCACAAAUACCAUCAUUGUAACUAUUUCAAUUGAAGUUAGCUCUUUCCAUUGCACUUGACUAUGGAUCCAUGUGUACCUUCUGAACUUCCCUUUAACCUCAUCUGAAUAUUGUUCUGGCCAUCUCAUACUGUACCUGAUUCUCAUUCCGGGUCAUUCCACGCAUUCUGUAUCAUACUGAGUGUCAUCAUUCACUCAACCAAUAAGCUGCCAGCGUUCUGUUCCACCCCCCCCCCCCCACCCCCCCUGUUACUACGUGUAUUUGCAAUAGGACCAAUAGAACCUGUGUUCCUUUAUUUGAUGUUUCUCUGGUGUACUUAAGGAAAAAAUAAAUGAAUAUCUCUUUAUAUAUUGUUAAGAAUUUAUCACUUCACUGCAGUGCAGGCAACGAAAUCCCCGUCUUCCUCGGCGUCAAAAGCGUCUCGUCUUCCGACCCGAAAACAAAUGCAGAAGAAAAUUUGAAACGCAAUACUGCCGAACAAUAGCUGCUUCAAUAGCGUUCUCCUAGCGGGGUUCCGAAAACCGGACGUAGCCAUCGUACAGAGCCUCCAAAUAACUGCUUGUUUGUGUGUAUAUAUAUAUAUAUAUAUAUAUACCAGGUCUCUUGUAUUCCGAAUCAAUAAUUCCACUUCCCCAACAACACAGAGAAGAUGGUUGGCUGACGAAUCAACCCUGGACUGUGAUUGUCUUGUUGUAGAAGUGUGUGUGUGUGUGUGUGUGUGUGCGUGUGUGUGUGUGUGUGUCCGUAGCCGUGCCUUCUUUGUGAUUUGCAUGAUUGGUUUCCCGCCUUUUUGUUUUCCCGCCAAAAAGAGGCGUCACUACCUUGUACCCCUACGUUGUCCCUCUGUAGAACAAACACCUCACGGGAACCAAAAAGAUGGGAUGUGGUUGAUAAGACGUAUAUUUAUCUGUGAGACAUGAGAUUAUCCUAGGAAAUAAACUCCUUUUAAGUA